AUGUCGGAACCUAAUAACCCCCCUUCCUUCCAGCGACAAAGUGCGGUUGGUAGGAACAAAGGGCGUCACUUCCUAUCAGCUGCCGCGACGCCCCACGUUCUACGGCUUCGGGGUAACGUUAACUUUUUAUCCGCAUGCGAGUUAGACCCGAAAAAACCCUACCAACGCACGCACGUAGAAGAUUAUUACGGAACAAAGGGCGUCAUCCGAUCAGCUGCCGCGACGCCCCACGUUCUACGGCUUCGGGGUAACGUUAACUUUUUAUCCGCAUGCGAGUUAGACCCGAAAAAACCCUACCAACGCACGCACGUAGAAGAUUAUUACGGUACGGCG